CGUGAGACAUGGUUGGAAAACAUGCAGACAAAUCUUUUUUUUCUGCACACAAGCGAAGCGUGAUAUGGUGAUAUAAUUUUACAUCACUGGUUAGUUCUUCAGAUUAGGUUUUUAAAAGAUAUUAAGAUUUCCGUUAUAUCACGAGUGCCUAAAGGACUAUUGUUUCUUAAUAAGCAUUGUGUGAUUACAUAGUGCCCUCUCCUGCGUGCUGAAUGUCAGUGUCUCGAAGUGCUUAACAAUUUCUGUCAGGCCUGUUGGAAAAGUUUAGUCACCUGGACAUUCAUGACUUCGAUAGUGGCGAAGACCAGGAGGGUCUUCUUGAGAUGGAGUUUCGUCAGCACAAGGCGGGACUACUACGUCAACAAAUUAGAAUACUCAGAUGUCAACAAGUGAGCUCUCGGUCCUUACUUCAAGGUUCUGUGUGGCAGCACCUCUGUGCAUUUCGGCGUCACGAGGGGUUGUUUUGUAUUCUUUCAGGCAAGUUAUCUAAGAACAAGCGCACGGGCUACGUCCGGGCUAUUCAAUGGAACCUCCACUACUACUACAAUGGCUGUGCAGUCGUGGAACUGUGUGAUGCAGCCAAGAACGCGCGAAGUGGAUACUGUUCAGAGCACGACUCUCAAGGUCAGCGAGUGCGGCAAAUUGGAUUCCGCCGCGUACAGCUUCGGUGUCUUGACCUGGAAGACUACCGUCCACCUACGAGACGCACUGCCGUGUGUAUUCGCCAAGGCAGAGAGAAUCAACAACAUGGAGGACAUGGCCCAUCCCAGCUGUGGUGUGUUGAUGCACUACGAGGAAGCCGAGGCUAAAUCCGGCAUGCACGAUGACAGCGCAUGUGCACAACCCCGCCCAGCCACGACCGCAUGAGGAUGGUAUGUCAUGCAGCACCGCUCUGAGGCUGACCUCUGCACCACCGGUUGUACUGCGGCUCACCAGAGCUAAACGUUUUACUGACUGCAGCUAGGGCAAGUAUCUCUGAGUGGCGAUAUAUGAAUGCUGCGCUCGCGUCCAUUGUCGUGGCGGGCGCCAUGCGCUUCAACGCUAUCAGCUACGCGGUCACUUCGCCAACUGUGGGCAAGAGGGUUUUUAGCUUCCCUUUGUCAAAGGAAGCCUCAUCAAGACCUAGAUCUGUAUAGGACGUACUUGGAGGGCGCUGCGAGCUCGAAUCCAUGCUACAAUCCACCGUACGAUCAUGACCUCUAACUGAAGCUUCGCACGUAGCGAGCUACAGCGACGUUUUUUCGUUCUUUUAUGGAAUAAUUCAAAUGAUUUGUGUCAAUAUAAAGUUUGUGUG